GGUGAGCAACCUUAUAAAUGUCUUGACUGUGGGAAAGGUUUCAUUCAGAGCUCACAUCUUAUUAGGCACGAGAGAACCCACACGGGUGAGCAACCUUAUAAAUGUCUUGACUGUGGGAAAGGUUUCAUUCAGAGCUCACAUCUUAUUAGGCACGAGAGAACCCACACGGGUGAGAAACCGUAUAAAUGCCUGGAGUGCGGGAAAAGCUUUGUUCUGAGCUCAGAUCUUAUUUCACAUCAGAGUAGCCACAUGGGAGAAAAACCCUAUAAAUGCCUACACUGUGGGGAAAGUUUUGAUUGGAACAUGCAGCUUGUUAGACAUCAGAAGCAGCACACGGGUGAGAAACCCUACAAAUGCUUGGAUUGCGGGAAAGCAUUUAGUGACAGUUCUGCCCUUAUUAUUCAUCAGAGAGUCCACACAGGAGAGAAACCCUAUAAAUGCCUCGACUGUGGGAGAAGAUUCAAUCGGAGCGCGCACCUUACUAGACACAAGAGAACCCACACGGGAGAUAAACCCUAUAAGUGUCCAGACUGUGGGAAAAGCUUCAAUCAGAGCGCGUACCUCAUUUCACAUCAGAGAACUCACACAGGAGAGAAACCCUAUAAAUGCCUUGAGUGUGGGAAAAGAUUCAGCUGGAGUUCCAAUCUGAUUUCCCAUCAAAGAACUCACACAGGAGAGAGACCGUAUAAGUGCCUGGACUGUGGGAAAAGGUUUAUUGACAACUCUGCCCGUAUUAAACAUCACAAAAUCCAUACAGGAGAGAAGCCCUAUAAAUGCCUCGACUGUGGGAAAAGUUUCAGUCGGAGAUCAACUCAUGUUCGACAUCAGAGAAUCCACACAGGAGAGAAACCUUGACUGUUGGAGACGCUUCAGCUGGGGUCAGCUUGUAUCAGGCAUCAGGAAAUCCAUACAGGGAAUAGACCUCUUAAAUAUCUUUAACUUGGAAAAUGUUUCAAGUGGAAUUGACAUUGGGGACUCCACACAGGAGAGAAAUUCUAUCAGUUCCAUCACUAGGACUGGCUUUAGUUUUUUUUAUUUUUUUUAAAUCCAAUUCCCCUGCAGAUGUCUUUGAUUUCAUUCAUGCUAAAUCAGACUCAUGAGGGCUGGAGAUUUAAGUGUCACAGACCUGGAGGAGAAAUUCAAAUGAAUCCCCCACACCCUGUGAUUGUUCUGAGCUUAAAUCCCAAUGUACACAUAUUGGUGAAGCAGCUUCUGGUAUCUUUCCUACCAACCUCUGAUUAUUUGCAGACCGUAGUUUUGCUUUUCUCCUUUCAUUAGGAUGAUGUUAAAACUUUUUUAACUAAUGUGACCGUGUAAGAAGGCUCCAAACAGGGCAGGCAUAGAGAGUUCAGAGGAGAACAUGGGUAAGUCCGUUCUCCUGAUUUUGAAUCAUCUGAAACAAGCUCUGGGAUGUUGAUUAUUAUGAAACCGCGAGUGUCUUAUAGUCCACCCUGUAUUGUGACCUAUUUGGAAUCAUAGACUAUCAAGGUUGGAAGGGACCUCAGGAGGUCAUCUAGGCCAACACCCUGCUCAAAGCAGGACCAAUCUCAAGAUAGAUUUUUGCCCCAGAUCCCUAAAUGGCCCCCUCAAGGAUUGACCUCACAACCCUGAGUUUAGCAGGCUAGUGCUCAAACCACUGAGCUAUUUGCUGAAGGCCAUUUGGUCACCUCGUAAGAUAUUAGUUUUGUUUUACAGGAUGUAGUGCAGGUUUAUUGGGGAUGCCAUAAGACAAAUGACCACUUGCUAGAACACUGUCUUAUUUUAUUGGUACUAUUUUAUGACCCUUUGCCAUGAGAUCUUAGUGUUGUUUGAACAAUGAUUAUUAUACAUCACCAUCAGCACAAACACUGAUGGGGGCCAGCGUGAGAGUCGCAGGCCAAGAGGCAGAGACUGAAACAGGGAAGGAAGUUCCUGCUGGAUCCCUGCAGUGACGUGAGAUACGGUCGGGAGAGAGAUAAAGGGCUGGGAAACUGCAGGGUUUUCUCUGGGGAGCCAGACAGAAAAGGCUGAGAAUUGUUAACUUGCUGUACUAGAGCCGGAGAGAGACAGGAACUAGCCUGUGAUCGCUGGGUGAAACUGUCCCUGAAUCCUAAAGGGCUACAAAUGACGCUGCUUGUGUGGAGUUGCUGGUUGCAUCAAUGAUUCCUGGGUGAACAAGGCUGAGCAGAGAUAGGAAGGAAACUAGGGAAAUCAACAGGCCUGGCCGGCCCUGAGGCCAGCUGACGUCCAUCGCUGCGACUGGAGGGCAAUGAGGAGUCUUUAAACCACGAUGGUCACCGCUAUCCCCCUCCACAGCAUCCUUUAUUGGGACAACAGAGACUCUCUCAGUCAUACUCACCACAUGCACGUCAAGGACGUCCCUGGGGGCUAAACCCCUCAGCCGGGAUUGGAGAUGCCGCACCGUUCUCCGGCUCCCGUUAACCCGAGCUCCCUGGCUUUCCUGCUCUCACAGCGUUUGCUUCUCUGUGACUGAAUCCCGGCGUCUCUAAUGGAUCCGCUGCAUUUUUCUGCCCACUGUACAACGUUGCUCCGUUGCCGAUGCCUGCGGGAGCCGGGAGCAGCACCGGGCUGGGCUGGGGCUGAAAUGCUUUGCGCUGAGCUGGGCUCUGGGUGUGAGGAGGAGAUUUUAGCUUUUAUUUUUGGCUUGGAAAGAAUAAAGUCGAAUUUAGUUUCUCAAA